CCCCCCACAUAAAAAGCCCAUUGUCUUCGGCUGGUCGCCGUCCGGCUCACUGCACCUCAGCGGACCCUCGUUAGAAGCUGAAGCGACUGGAGCUGUGGAACAGCUACACUUAGUUUAGGUCUGAUUACAUUUUACUGACGUUUUGACUUUGGCUCAAGGAGCCCGACAGAACCGCAGCGAUGAAUCCCAAAGGGGAUAAGCCGAAGUCCAAGAUUUCGGCUUCUCGCAAGCUCUCGCUGAAGAUGCUUCUCCUCACAAAAGCCUGUGAGGACCUGGAGCGGGAGCGGCAGGAGCGGGAGGAGGAGAAGGUCCGUUAUUUGGGGGAGAAGCUGCCGCCGCUGCAGCUGUCGGGGCUGUCGCUGAACGAGCUGCAAAACCUGUGCAAGCAGCUUCACGCGAAGAUCGACGUCGUGGACGAGGAGCGAUACGACUGUGAGGCCAAAGUCAGCAAGCACAACAAGGACAUCCACGAGCUGAAGCUGAAGGUGCAGGAUCUUGGAGGCAAAUUCAAAAAGCCGGCGCUGAGGAAGGUCAGGGUGUCGGCGGACGAGAUGAUGCGAGCUCUGCUGGGGUCCAAACACAAGGGCUCCAUGGACCUCAGGGCCAACCUCAAGUCUGUGAAGAAGGAGGACGUCAAACAGGACAAGGUGCUCACUAGCGAAGUCGGCGACUGGCGGAAGAACGUGGAGGCCAUGUCGGGAAUGGAGGGCCGCAAGAAGAUGUUCGACACGGGUGGAGCUCCUCAGUGAGACGCUGCGAAGGGGAGCCAUCGACCAGAACAAAGCAGAGGAAAGCAAAGAUCUAGCACUUAACAUGUUCCAGCAGAACUCAUAGGUUUUUGUAAUUACGACAGGAGAUCAUUUGUUUUGUUAUGAUGUGUUGACAUAGAUACAAAUAAACAUAAUGUUUAUGCUG